GUGUUGUUUAAGUGUUCCCUUUAUUUUUUUUGAGCAGUAUAUAUAUAUAUAUUCACAGUUAAGUCAGAACGCUAGCUACCGUUAACUUAGCAGACUUGUAAUAUCAGUCUUAGGGUAUGUUGUUGAGAUGUAGAUAAGCAAGCUAUAUUAAUAAAUGUAGAUGGUUAAAACCCCUUCAUAUCCUUCACUUGGUCAUUUAAAAAUGUCUAGAUGUGCUUGUUUUAUUAGCGAUCACGACCAUCUGAUCUGCUAGGCCAGAACAGUAAGGGUUCAUGGCCGAGGUCGAGUAUGAUGAGUGACUGUGUGUGACCUGACCUAUGAUGGCUAGCAAGUCAUUACUCAUCACUUAUGAAUGCAGGUGUCACCAAGUCGGCUCCUCGGAUUUCCUUUGGUUUUCUUCAGAGGCAGCUUGUCAGACUCUUUAAUCCACAUUAGAACCUGGCACUGAGCUUUAAAGCCAUCCAAGCGUGCUGUUGAGUCUCUCCUGCUGCAAGUCUGGGUCAGUACACAAGAGUGUAGUGGAUGUAUACAGUGGCUCUACAUUUCGAGAGUUGUUUUGGACGUUGAUAAUAUUGGGUUUACUUGAUGUCACUUUUAGAUACAUUUUACAUUUGGUUUCUGAAUUCAGUGUAUAUUUCAGCUGGAGCUUUUUAUUUUUCAGUGUGGUCAUCUGGUCAAAUAGUGCUGUUCAAUCAGUGAAAAGUAAAGAACGCUGCAGAAUUGGAGAAAGGUUGAGGCCGGACACAGGGAUGAGCAGGACAUUACUGCACUGGAACUGGGAGAAGUGCGCAAGAUACAUGAAUUAGUGCGGAGACUGGAAAUUGAAAAUGAAGCUCUAAGCGAGAGGUGAAGAAAUUUCAACACCAACAACCAGGCUCUCUCUGGUGGGCUCAUCAGCUGUCCCUCUUUGCUGGAGGAACGUCAAAUUGUAUGUGAUUUGCUGGACCCUGAACCAGCGGAGGUUAAAAGCCUGACAGAGAAACUAGUGGGGCAGGAUGUACACAUAUAUGAUGGCUGUUAUGCACACUUGCCCCACAGUGACAUGUUGGAGAAGACACACUGGCUGGGAUGCAUGGGGUCAGAGGAGCUGGUAGACAGGGACACAGAGAAGGGAGCAGAGCAGUCUGCGCUCAACCUGGUGGACCUCCUGGGCCUAGAGGAGGGCUGUGAGCUGGAGAAUGAAGAGAGCUGGUUAUAUGAGUCACCCAAGAAACAGGCAUCUGCUGAAAGAAGCAAUAAGUCACCUAUAAAGUGGUGCAGACAGGUUCUGGACAACCCCAACCCUGAAACAGAGGUGGCAUGUCACACAUUAAUUGAUAUCCUGGACCAAAAGACAAGAUGGAGGAGUAUCUUUCGCAGUCGCUUCCACAGACAUCCUGUAGCCUUUCCUGACACUGGCUAUCUUUGCAUGGGCUCACCUUCCACUCUGUACCACAGAUCAACUAACAGAAGUCAACAAACCAAUAAACCUAACAGCUCAUGUAGGAUAACAAUGAUGCUAGUUUACCACCCUGCAUGGAUGAGAAUGAGCCAAGUGUCUCAGAUGACUCCAUCACCAUGGGCUACAGGCUGCAGGACCUCACUGACAUCCAGGUCAUGGCUCGCAUGCAGGAGAAGAGUUUAAGACAGGACUAUUCCUCCAUCCCUGCUGCUGCCACACCAUUCAGGAGUGUUGGUACAGCCAUGCUGUCACCUUGUAAUUAUGGCUACAGUGAUCUGGAGUUCGACAAGUAUAGUCUGGAGAACACAGUCGCAUACACAACUCCUCCCGGCCAGCUGCCCCACUACCGGCCCUCCCCAUUGGGCCAGUCAUCCAGAUCCAUAGCCCAGCCUGGUCACAGCAGCCAGCUGCCAAGGCCUCCCAGUCAGGCCACCACUCAAUCUAAGCUGCUUAAACUCGCAAAGAGAAUAGAUAAAAAGAGCGCCUGAAUAGAAAAUUAAAUUUGACACACAAAUUCACAUAUUGACUUUUACUUGAAAACGAAAACAAAUCGACACUACCAGUUUAACAUGAUCUGCUAUGUGUGUUUGACCGAUUUGUAUAUGUGAAAUGGGAGUUGACCCAGAUGUAGGUUGUUGUUGUUGUAGAGGAGCUGAAAAGCUGCAUGCAAAACAUGGAUUUACCACCUCCUCGCACCAGCCUCCACUCCCUCCAAGCAGUCAGGAACAGCCGCAUCCUGGAGGCUAACGGCCAGCUCCCCACAAACCAGCCCACCUCCCGCCUGACCCCUAUCGCAGGUUCAACCAGAUCUCCACCUGGUGGGUUAGUAUUUUAGUAGGGAGAGCAUAUACUAAACCAUAAUGUCUAUACACACCAUCAUGUACAUACAUAUUUCGGACUAUGACAUUGUUUAUUCUGAUAUUUUUUGGAUAUUGUUAAGUAUUACUGCACUGUUGGAGCUAGAAACUGAAGAAUUUCACUGCACCUGCGAUAACAUCUGCAAAAUAUGUGUACACGACCAAUAAAAUUUGAUUGCAUCUCAGCAAGCGUAUAGAAAUCCAUAGGAAUUGAAUUUUGUACUUGCUUUUAUUUCAUACACAUGUUUAGGCCAUAAUUCCAAACUUAUGAUUACCUCCUACAGUAGGUGCGUCUUCAGUCAAGCUUGGGAGUGGUGGCCGAUCUUCAUUUGUCCCUACCAAAACCCUGAGCUCCAGUGACCCUGCAACUGGAGCAGUACGCCAGUCCCUGAGAGAAUGAUUUCAGGCCUCUUCCAUCAGAGGGCUGCAGAGACCCCAGUCCCUUAGCCCCGCUGGUUUGAGGAACCCCUGUCCCAGUAAGGACCUCUCAGUUGGAGAGUACCUGUCAAGUCAUGGUCGUGUCUAUGCCUCCCCUGAGAGAUCCACUACCCUGGCUUGGGACAGAAUGGGGCAGCCUGCCAAUGCACGUAGGCAAAACGGUGUACUCAACAUUCCUUAGUAAUCUGUAACAAACUCUCACUCAAAAUAAUUUCACUUAAUGUAUUAAAGUACAUUAAACAGUAGGUUUGAUUUCUGUGCAUUUCAAUUGAGUUGUCAUUUUCUUCUGCCAAUCAUACAGUACUGAUUUAUUUAGUAUGGCUUCACAAUCUCUUCCACUGGAACUGGACACAUCCCUCCUUUCGCAGUUAUAAAUGCAAGGUGCUGCACAAUGCUACAUUCCAAACGACCUCCAACAAAUCAAUCUUAAUUUGAUUCAAAUGUUUUGAUUUGACACACAAAUCCACAUACUUAGAACUGAUACAGUAUAUCAUUAUUAACAUAAAGUAUCACACAGGUCUCGGUCAUAAAACACCAUCCUUUUCUUCAUACUACUUUUACACUGGUUUACAUGUAAAUGUCUUCCUCAAUCACUCCAGUACCCCUGCACAUUGAAAUAAUGGUACUGGCACUGCACUGACCUGUAUAUAAAACCUGUAUAUAACUGCA